UAUAUAUAUUAAUAUAUUAUAUAUAUAUAUAAUUUCUAAAUUAUUUUAAAUAUGGUUAACAUUUUAACAUAAACUUUCGUAUUUUCAGCAACAUCAAAGGAUGAGUUGCAAAAUAAUAUUGGACACCACUGGCCCUGUAAACCCAGGGGCGACAAUAUAUGGAAGAAUUGAAUGUAUAGUAAACACUGAGCAAUUUAUUAGAGAAAUACGAUGUAAAUUGGUUGGUAAUGAACAUACUACUAUUAAAUCGGCAAAAGACACUUACGAGGGGCACAAUGAAUUUUUAAAUCUUAAAAUGAGCUUAAUCGGAGAAGGUACAUUGGAACCCGGCCAACACGAGUACCCAUUUUGUUUUACCAUACCCAAGGAUCUUCCUAGUUCGUUUCAAACUGAGUAUGGUUUUGUGCGAUAUUUUAUCAAAGCUACAGUUAAUAUUCCGUAUGCCUCGGAUUAUAUUGAUGAAGUAGCUAUACCUGUUACCGCCAUAAUAGACCUUAACAAUAUUAAGGAGGAGCUGCAAACGAAACCCAUUUCAUUUCAAAAUGAAAAGACUGUGUGCUGUUUAUGCUGUGCCGGUGGGGAGAUUUCCAUGACCUUACGCUUAGAAAAGGACGCAUUUAUCUUAGGAGAAGAAGCAAAAAUCAUAUUAGACGUUUCUAAUAUGUCAAGAAUCAGCAUAGAAGAAAUAAAUUUAACACUUAUUAGGAUAAUGGAUUUUAAAACACAAGGAAUAAGAUAUGAAAAGACAAAGGAGGUUUUGAUAACUGAAACCGAACUAGGUGUUGGAGCACAUGGACAGAAAACAUUAUUCAUUACUUUUAAAAUUCCUCAAUCGAUUGUCAUACAAAAUUUAGUUAAAUGUAAUUUAAUAAAAGAGUCAUUUAGGUUACGAGUUGAGGCUGGUCUCCCUUUGCUUCAUCGGAAUCUUGUCAUUGAUACAUUUAUAAAGUUAGGACAUGUUGCAUUGAAUGCUACAACAAACUUAGAUGAAAUAGAAAACAUACUUCCUCCGCCAUACCAAGAACGUUACUGAAUUUUAAUAUUGACAAUAUUGAAAAUAUAUUUUAAUAGUAUUAGGGAAAAAAUAUUUAACUAUUUUUAUCUACUAAUAAAAUUAUAAAGUUAUAAGCGCCACUAAUACUUAAGAGUAGUUGCCUCAAAGUUAUAUUUUAAAUUUUAUUGUAACUUUCUAAAAAAUAAUUGUGUGAUAUAAAUAAAGAUCUUGUUUAAUCAAAACCCUUUAUCAAGUAAAAUUGUGUUAAUGAAAGAGUUUUCAAAAAAGUAAAAAUGUAGGGAAAUAUGGCAUAUAGAUUAUACAAAGCUGAAAAUCA